ACUCUUCCAUAAAUAUCCCCAACCCAACCAACCAACCCAAACAAAAUCUUCUCUGUAAACAAACCAUAUCAAAAUCUGUUCGACCAAAAAAAAAGAAAAACACCAUAUCAUAAAAAUGUCAUCAUCAUCAUCAUCAUCCCAAAAAAACCUAUACCCAAAAAUCGAUCAAUCAAACCCAGAUUCACAAAACCCAUCAUUUUCUUCAUCAUCUUCAACUCUAUACCCAUCUCUAGAAACCAAAGAUAUGGCAGAAAAACUAUUUCCAGACAAUGAUACCCAACAACAACAACUUUCAUUGAAAUCAUCAGAAGAAACCGUGAUCAAAAUCCCAGAUUCAAUAGUUCAUUUAAUAGACAAACAACAAAGUAUCGAACUAGCUAAAGGAACCUUCGAGAUCAUCCGUCUCCGACAAGGGGACAACGUUGUCGCUGUCUUAGCCCGUGUCGGUGACCAAAUUCAAUGGCCGCUUGCAAUAGACGAAGCGGCCAAUAAACUUGAUGACACCCAUUAUUUUUUUACACUCCGUGUUCCGUCUGAUAACACACGGGACACGGGUGUAAUAAACCCGGAAGAAGAUAUAAUAAAUUAUGGCUUGACUAUUGUUGAAAAAUUUAGUGAUGAGUUGGACAGGGUUUUGGGGGAAUACAGUGCUUUUACAGUUAAAGGGGUUGAUGGGGAAGUGAAGGCGGUGGUUGAGGGUGGUGGUGGGACGGCGGAGGAUAAGGCGGCGACGUAUUGGACGACUUUGGCGCCUAAUGUGGAGGAUUAUAGUGGUAGUGUUGCGAGGUUGAUUGCAUCCGGGUCGGGUCAGUUGAUAAAAGGGAUAUUGUGGUGUGGGGAUGUGACUGUGGAUAGGUUGAAAUGGGGGAAUGAGUUUUUGAAAUUGAGGAUGAAAUCUGGUGGGAAAUCUGAUGUUAGUCCUCAAGCUUUGAAGAGGAUGAAAAGGGUGAAAAAGAUGACCAAAAUGUCGGAGAAUCUGGCAACGGGGCUGCUUUCUGGGGUUGUGAAGGUAUCUGGAUUCUUCACUGGCGCUAUUGUGAACUCCGUACCAGGAAAGAAGUUCUUCAAACUUCUUCCCGGGGAGAUCAUUCUCGCUUCCUUGGAUGGAUUCAAUAAGGUGUUUGAUGCGGUUGAAGUAGCAGGAAGGAAUGUUAUGUCAACAACAUCAACCGUCACGACCGAUCUUGUAUCACACAAGCAUGGUGAAGACGCAGCAAAGGUAACGAGUGAAGGGAUGGACGCAGCAGGACAUGCAAUAGGGACGGCCUGGGCAGUGUUCAAGAUACGGAAAGCUUUGAACCCAAAGAGUGUCAUCAAACCUACCAACUUGGUAAAAGUUGCAGCUUCUCAGUCCAGCUUAUCCAAGUCUAAAACCUAAAGAAGCUUGCUUUAAUGUGUUUGAUGACGUUAGAUAUAUCUAGUCUAGUAUGUAAUUUGUGGAACAGAUUGUGAUAUGCAUCUUGUUAAUGUGUUUGAUUGUUUUGCAUGAAAACCAGAGAAACUAAUGAAUUGUAAUGAAGAUCAUAUCCUUUGUUGGCGUUGUAGUUAAA